AUGCGCAUUACGACGUCCCCGAUCGAACAGCAGCGCGAGCAAAACCGUAGCAGCAGUGUUUUCUGCCGGGGCAAUUCUUUGUCGGCAUCAGGAAUGGCACCGGCCAAACUGAACUACCGGAUCUCGGUUUCGACGUUCUUCGCCAAGUCGCACCCAAGUGACGAGUGCUGCGGGAGCAAUGGAUUACCGCUGACGCCGAACUCCAUUGGGAUUUAUGGUCGGUCACAGCUUCUGAGAGGAGAUGCUCUGAAGCAUGAAAAUCUGUGCGAGUAUCUGGAUGUGAUCCGGGGGAAACACGAAAGGACCAUUAUCGUGCAGGAGUUUGCUGGAAGUCCGCUGACGGAGACUUUUAUCGGGGAGAACAAUAAGCAGCAGACGCUGCUGCGGAUUGGAUACCAGAUGCUAAGGGCGGUGAGUCAUCUAAACGAAAAAGGAUUGAUGGCCAGGAACUUGGAACCGGUUAACGUUCUCAUAAGCAGGGACUUCUGCGUGAAGCUGUAUAACUAUGGAUUGUACUACAUGACCUACAGUGGGAAGUACGUUUCCUUCCCCAUUGGAAACGUGAAAUACCACGGUCCAGAAGUUUUACUCGGUUCAAGAGAGAAUGUCAAAAACGACGUUUGGUCGGUGGGAAUGAUCCUGGCCGAGUUAGCCUUGGGCUGCAAGCUUUGGGACAAUCUAAAAGUGUCCCAGGUGACGAGAAAAGUCCUGAGUUUGAUCAAACCUGGCAAUGUCUUUGAGAAGAUAGCCCGAGAGCACAACAAGAUGGACCAGUACGAAGAGUUGGAUGUCCCUUUAAAGCAAAUCAUAGAUCUAUGCCUCACCGUUUCCCUCACAAAGCGUCCCAAACCGGUGGAACUGCUGGGACAUGAAGCGUUCGACUUCCUGAGAGGGGAAAGCUUCACGGCACCGGAUCCGGAAGGAAUAACCCUGCUGGAGAAGCACUGUGGAAGUUUGGCGGAGAUUUACUAUCUGUGGCAAUUGGCGGGAGGCGACGUGCAGCAGGAGCUCAAGAAGGAAGGAUUGAUCAAAAGUGAGGCGCCGAUUCUGUCACUGCCCAAGUAA